AUGGCACCGGCACAUUAUACAGCACCACGUCCAGUCGUUUUUUCUGGGCCAAGCGGUUCUGGUAAGAGUACGUUAAUUACAAAAUUAUUCAAAGAAUAUCCUACAGCAUUUGCCUAUAGUAUCUCACAUACAACACGUUCUCCCAGACCAGGUGAACAAAAUGGAAAAGAAUAUCAUUUUGUACAAAGAGAUGAGAUGGAAAAAAUGUUAAAAAACAAUGAAUUUUUAGAAUCAACUGAAUUUUCUAGCAAUCUAUAUGGUACAAGUAAAAAAGCUGUUGAAGAUGUUGCUAAUACGGGAAAAAUAUGUAUACUGGAUCUUGAUAAACAAGGUGUUAAAAAUAUAAAGAAAACCGAUCUGAAUGCAACAUAUAUUUAUGUUAGUCCACCAAGCUAUGAAAUUCUUGAAAAAAGAUUGCGUGAUCGACAAACCGAGAAUGAGAGUGCCAUUGAAAAACGUUUACAAGAAGCAAAAGAAUCAAUAGAAUUCAGUAAAGAACCAGGCGUUUAUCAUCAUAUUGUUGUUAAUGAUAAUCUCGAAGUAGCUUAUAAUUUUCUAAAAGGUCUUUUAAUAAAAGAAAUCGAUGAAGUUACAAAACGUCAGAGUGCUGCUCAUUAA